AUGGCCCUUGAAGCAUCAUUUCGAGUAAGUUAUAGAAUUGCAAGAUCUGGACAAGUGCAUACAAUAGCAGAAAAUUUAAUUGGACCAUAUGCGAAAGAUAUUGCCAAAUGUAUGCUUGGGGAAAAGGCAGCAAAGAAAAUUGAGGUAGUUCCCUUAUCAAACAACACGGUGUCGCGUAGAAUUAAUGACUUGGCUAAUUAUGUGGAGAACGAACUUCUAAAAAGAAUAAAAUUGAAUUAUUUUGCAAUUCAACUUGACGAAUCGACGGAUGUAACAAAUGCCGCAGUCUUGCUUGUCUACGUUAGAUAUCUUUUUACGAAUAUUGUUCAAGAAGAUGUAAUAUUUGCAAAUCCUUUGAAAACCUACACAACUGGAGAAGCGAUUUUCGAUAUGAUCAAUGGGUAUUUUGAAAAGAAUGGAAUAAGCUGGUCUUAUUGUGUGGGUGUGUGUACAGAUGGUGCAAAAUCAAUGACAGGAAAAUUUUCUGGUUUUGGGGCAUGGGUCAAGAAGAUCAACGAGAAAAUUCAAUGGACUCAUUGUUGUAUUAAUAGACAAGCUUUAGUAUGUAAGCGUAUUCCUGCAGAGUUAUCUACUACUUUAAGUGAUGCUGUGAAAAUUCUAAAUUUUGAUAUGCCUCGACAGAAACGUAAGAAUUUGCGAGCGAUGGAAAUGAGUAGAAAACGGUGGCGUAAAAACAGUGAUGAAGUUGCUGACUGCAGCGGUUCGGAAAAUUAUAUUGGAGGCAAUAUUAGGCUACAGAAAUUAUCUGUUGUAAAAAAGAAUGAAGCAUCUAAUGCCGAACAUUUUGUUUGUGGAUUUUCGACAAAUUAA